ACAAACGUCAAAAGUGUCAAAAAUUAUCCCUUUCGGUUUCGCAAGCAGAUGGCCCGCAAAGUUGUGUGAAAACUCAGAAAUACUCCGUUCAAUUCUUCAAAAUUUGUAGAAAAUGUUACACAGAAACAUCCUGCAGUUAUCCCGUCUAGUCAAAGUAAGCAAUUCGCAGGUUUGUUCACUGGCCGCGGCUACCUUUGUUCGCCGGUAUUCGUUUAAUCAGAACUCGCAAUUGCUGUGGAUACGGCAACAAAAUCCGAAACCGCAGGAAUCCUUGCAGAGCAGCUUUUCCAGCAGCCACCGCUUGUUUCAUUUGACAUCGUCAGCAUCAUGUACCAAAAAUUUGAACGACUCUAAGGCAAAUAGUGCUCAAGCUGGUGCAGCGCCUCAACUUCUAUCGAAACUGUUUCCCCAAACUGCCGUCGAAAAUGAACAUAUUGAACAAGCUCAAGAGCAGAAGCGCAAAGAAGAAGAGGAAGCCAACAAGGAGAAGGAAUCUUCUUGGAAACGGAUGAAGCUUGGCUUUGUCUUGUUCGGGGUGUCCGUAACGGCUUUCUCCGUAUACACGGUAUUCAUCUUCGGUGCGCCUGAUCGAGACCCGGAAGGCAACGUUAUCGAGGAUGAGUUUAGUCGAUUGCCAACCGUUCAGCAGUACUUCAAACGUCUCUGGAAGUCGAUGACUUACUAUCAAAAGAUGAUUCAGGAACCAUCACGAGAAAAACUGCUCCCGGAUCCUCUUAAGUACCCCUACAUUCAACCACCGUACACUUUGGUCCUCGAGAUGAAGGACGUUCUUGUACAUCCGGAUUGGACCUAUCAAACUGGCUGGCGUUUCAAGAAACGUCCCGGAAUUGAUAAAUUCCUCGAAUCCCUUGCACGGAAUUUCGAAAUUGUUAUCUACACUGCCGAUCAGGGAAUGACGGUGUUUCCCAUUCUGGAUGCCCUCGAUCCCAACGGUUACAUCAUGUAUCGUUUGGUUAGAGAUGCAACUCACUUCGUCGAUGGGCAUCAUGUGAAAAACCUAGACAACCUCAACCGAGAUCUGCGCAAGGUUAUCGUUGUCGAUUGGGAUCCAAACUCAACCAAACUUCACCCGGAGAACACUUUCAAUAUACCUCGCUGGAGUGGAAACGAUGACGACACCACCCUGCUCGAUUUAUUAUCAUUCCUGAUGACCAUUGCUGGCAGUGAGGUGGACGAUGUUCGCGAAGUUAUGACCUAUUACAAACAAUUUGAAAAUCCGUUGGGGCAGUUCCGUGAAAACCAACGCAGACUGGCCGAACAGUUAGCCGAAAAGGAACACGAGGAAAAGCAAAAGGCGAAGCCAGCAGUGCAAAAAUGGAGACCCAGUUUUUUGGGCACCUCCCGUUAGGUGAUGUACCAGGAGAAAACUAGCAAUAGGUUGUUUUCUUUAUUUUUAUCAAUAAAGUUGCAUGACUCCAUUUGAAAAAUGAA